AUAGUGUCACUCAUGAUGUACAGCUUCAUGGGAGGGGGCCUAUUUUGUGCCAUUGUGGGGAACAUCCUCUUGGUGGUCUCCACAGCUACAGACUACUGGAUGCAGUAUCGUCUGUCAGGCAGCUUUGCCCAUCAGGGCCUGUGGAGGUAUUGCAUGUCUGGCAAGUGCUACAUGCAGACCGACAGCAUUGCCUACUGGAAUGCCACUCGUGCUUUCAUGAUCCUCUCUGCCAUGUCGUGCUUUGCUGGCAUCAUUGCAGGAAUCCUCUCCUUUGCUCACUUCUCAGCCUUUGAGAGGUUCAAUCGCUCAUUUGCUGCUGGGAUCAUGUUCUUUGUUUCGACUCUCUUUGUUUUGCUUGCAAUGGCCAUUUACACUGGGGUGACAGUGAACUUCCUGGGCAAGCGCUUUGGUGACUGGCGCUUCUCUUGGUCCUACAUACUAGGCUGGGUGGCACUGCUCAUGACCUUCUUUGCAGGUAUAUUCUACAUGUGUGCCUACAGAAUGCAUGAGUGCAGAAGAGUGGCUGGCCCACGUUAAAAUGAACAGGAAAUAAUGUGUCUCGGGUGCAGAUUCCUAUUCAAAAAAAAGAGGACAUAUAUACAAUAAUAAAAUCUCGAUUUGCAUAUGCACUUAAUGUGUUUUGUGGUUUUGUCAUGACAUGGUCUACAGUGGUUUGGGAUAGAAAGCAGAACAGUACAUUUGAGCAGGAUUUAAUCACUCUUAAAAGCAGCUUUUGUUACCCAGUAGAGAGCAAAACUAUGUUUGAAACAUUGCCAUAUGAAUUAACUUUUAAAUGUGACCAUACAAGAUGUAAUACAGUACACAAUACAAUAAACUUUAAAACUGGG